AUGUUGGAACUGAUUGGGGUCUCGCAUAGCGGACCAAUUGUACCCAACAAAUCAUCAUGUUGGUCCAGAAUGACCGGAUCUAUUGCAUCCGGACUUAUACUUAAAGACAUAUCAUGUGAGGUACAUUCGGGUGAAGUGAUGGCUAUAUUGGGAAGUAAGGGUUCGGGUAAAAAAGCAUUGAUUGAUGUGAUGGGACACAGAGUCAGUCAGGGCAGCACAAGAGGACAGAUUCUGCUAAACGAUGUUCCGCUCACUUUACGCCUAUUCCAAGAACAGUGCGGUUUUGUCUCCAAAACCACUCAACACAUCGACGGUCUAAGUGUUAGACAAACGUUGAGUUAUAUCUCGCAGAUGACAAUCAGAGGCAAUGGAUCUCUGAAAAGAGGUCGAGUGAAGCAGGUGUUGGCAGAUCUGGCGCUCACUAGUGUUGCCAAACGAGAUGUC